AUGGUUCAAAGAAAUAAUAGUACUAAAAUUGAUCUUAUGUUAUUAGAUUAUGUUAAAGAUUGUUUUUUAGAUUCGAUAGGAAGUAAUGUUACAAUAGAUUGGAAUGCAUCAUUUGAAUUAAUUAACAAUGAAGUUACGACAUCCAAGAACGUUACGAACGGAGAAGAUGCAGGAGUGAGUCAAAAUAACGUUAAUAACAACGAAGAUACAAUGCUAUUUAAAGGAAGAUUGUUUGAUACAGCAACAUUAGAAUCGCCAGUGAUGCAAAAUGAAAAUAUACUCAGAGAAGCAACAAGAGGUUUAAUCAACGAGAAAUGGUGGCGAACAUGUAAACUGAAAAUCAAAGGAACUACCUAA